AUGACAACCACAGGCACAGACUCAUGUAGAGUCUGUCGGGAACCUAUCAUUGGUGCUCAUGUUUCAACAACACAAAAAAAGUACCAUAAAGAAUGCUUUGUAUGCCAUCAGUGUCUUGAACCGUUCAAAAACAACAUUUUUUUCGAAGCAGAGGGAAACUUUUAUUGCGAAGAUGACCAUAGUGUUCUAUAUGGAGCUCGAUGUGCCAAAUGUGGAGAUGUUAUUGUUGGAAAGUGCGUGUCGGCGUUAGAUGCAAAAUGGCAUAUCGAGCAUUUCAACUGUGAAAACUGUGGCAGACCAUUGGUAGGAUCUACGUUUAUUCGAAAGGACGACAAGCCAUACUGUAAGGUAUGCCCUAUUGACUCUACCAAAAAAAAGAAUCCACAAACCCAAGAAAUUUGUGCAAAUUGUAAACGUCAAAUCUUUGAUGGAACUGGACUAUUGUUGCGAGGUCAAGCCUUUCAUGCUUCGCAUUUUACUUGUGCAACCUGCUGUGAAGUGUUAACUAGCACUGCAAAAGAAUACGAAGGCAAGCUAUUCUGUAUGGCAGAUUAUGAAAAGAACAUGGCGCAGAUUUGCUAUGCGUGUCGCAAGCCAAUUGUUGGUCGAUCCACAAGCGCAAUUGGAAAAAUCUAUCAUCCAGAGCAUUUUUCUUGUUGGAAAUGUGAAAAACCUUUUGACGGUGCACCUUAUUUUGAAUUAAACUCGCAACCUUACUGUGAAGCACAUUAUAAAGAGCUGACUGGAUCUGUAUGCCAAUAUUGCAAAUCUGCUGCAAAAGGAAACGUUGUUUCUGCACUUGGCACUCGCUGGUGUGAACAACAUUUUAUGUGUAUGGGCUGUUUUUGUGCACUAGCCGAUGGAAAAGUCAGGUUUAUGGAAUGGGAUAACAAGCCAAUGUGCAAACGGUGCUAUGAAAAGCUCCCAAGUGAUGUACGCAAAAAUGUGUCAAAAUAUAAAGAAUCUGAAAAAAAGUUUUUGCCUAUUAUGGAAUAUGGACGAUAG